AUGAGAACUUGGUUCCUGAUCGAGAUCCGAAGUCGAGAUCUUCAGCGCCUCAAAGUUUCCCCUCCACAGCGCCUCAAAGUUUCCCCUCCACAGCGCCUCAAAGUUUCUCCUCCACAGCGCCUCAAAGUUUCCCAUCUACAGCGCCUCAGUUUCCCCUCUACAGCGCCUCAAAGUUUCCCCUCUACAGCGCCCCAAAGUUUCCCCUCCACAGCACCUCAGUUUCCCCUCCACAGCACCUCAGUUUCCCCUCCACAGCGCCUCAAAGUUUCCCCUCCACAGCGCCUCAAAGUUUCCCCUCUACAGCGCCUCAAAGUUUCUCCUCUACAGCGCCUCAAAGUUUCUCCUCCACAGCGCCUCAAAGUUUCCCCUCUACAGCGCCUCAAAGUUUCCCCUCUACAGCGCCUCAAAGUUUCGCCUCCACAGCGCCUCAGUUUCCCCUCCACAGCGCCUCAAAGUUUAUCCCAGUACAGCGCCUCAAAGUUUCCCCUCUACAGCGCCUCAACAUGGGCUUCAGCUUGA